CUUGGGGAGCCCCAACUACUAGAUAACCGCGUGAUGCACUCCAUUAUUAAUUUAUGAUCACGUCAGAACUAGAGAUAACUACUUUUUUAUUUUGGUAUGAUAAGAUACAUAACAACUUGAAUACAAAAAACAAAAAAAAACAAAAUAGAAAGCAUAAUUAAUUUGAAUAUUUCGUAUAAUUUUCUAUGCACAGAGGCAUACAUUAAAAACGUGGAUUUCUGGAUGAUCAUAUAAACUAAUAUUGAAAACAUUUUAUAAAUUACUAAGUAACUUGAAUGAAGCAGUCUCACACACACCGAGUAUUCUCUUUCAUAUCUUCACACCCAAAAUGGCCAAGGUUCAUCCUCUCAUAAUACCCAACAGUACCAAUAGCGAUGAUGCAUCUUCAAGCUGUACUAUUCAUACACGUAUGACUUCAACGGGAGAAACAUUCACGGUAUGGAUGAAAUUGCUUGUGAUGCAAGGAAACGGAUGCACUGCGUUUGAUGGAAACGGAGAGGUCGUUUAUCGAAUCGAUAACUACGACAACAAGCACAGCAACGAAGUUUAUCUCAUGGAUCUCCGCGGAAAACUUCUCUUCACUGUGUGUGAGAAGAAAAUGUGCGGCUUUCCAACUUGGAAGGGGUGUAAAAAUAAUGGUGCCAAUAAGACAUUUUUUCAAGUGAGAAAAAGCUGGAGAUCGGUUCUUGGAAAGAAAGGGUUUUCUUAUAAAGUAACCAUGGGAUCUGAUAGUAGUUUUUACAGGUUAGAGGGUUUGAGUGGUAAAUCAUUAGAAUUCAGAAUCACAGAUGGCAACGGAGGAGUUGUAGCAGAGACAAAGAGAAAGCAGUCAAGUUCAGGAGUUGUAUUGGGAGAUGAUGUGUUCACUUUGGUGGUGGAGCCUCAUGUUGAUCACUCCUUUAUCAUGGCUCUCGUUACUGUUUAUGGCUUAAUUAGACAUCAAAUCUGACUUAGGAUUAGCUGUGUGAAAUAGACAUACAUACAUAUAUAUUGUAGCAAAUAGUGGUUCUUAGUGAAAUCAAUUGAGUUUCUUGACCAAUUUUUCUCAAGAUUCCAACCCUUUUGGUGGGAAUUCCACCCCACUUGUAUCAAUAUGGGAUAUUAUAAAGUAAUUAAUUAUUAACUCAGUUAUUUUCAUUUUCUAAA